AUGAUGGUGUUUGCAUUUUGGAAAUUCUUCCUCAUCCUAAGCUGCCUUAUAGGUCAAGCCAGUAUGGUACAAGUGACCAUCCCAGAUGCCUAUGUGAAUGUGACUAUUGGAGCGGAUGUCACUCUCAUCUGCAUCUACACCACCACUGUGGCCUCUCGGGACAAGCUCUCCAUCCAGUGGUCUUUCUUCCAUCAGAAGGAGAUGCAGCCAAUUUCUAUUUACUAUUCUGAAGGUGGACAAGCUUCAGCCAUGGGGCGAUUUAAAGAUCGAAUUGUAGGGUCCACUGAUCCAGGUAAUGCGUCUAUUACUAUCUCGGAUAUGCAGGCAUCAGACAGUGGAAUUUAUAUCUGCGAUGUUAACAACCCACCAGAUUUUGUCGGCAUAAACCAAGGCAUCAUCAAUGUGACUGUGUUAGUCAAACCAUCUAAGCCCUUUUGUAGUGUCCAAGGAAGACCAGAAAGAGGCCAACCUAUUUCCCUGAGUUGCCAUUCUGAGAUUGGAUCACCAUCUCCUACUUACUACUGGAACAAGCUUGAGGGAAAAAACAUCAUGUCAGUGAAAGAAAGCUCCAGCUCAGCCAAUGGGAUUUUGGUUAUUGGAAAUCUGACCAAUUAUAAGCAAGGUUAUUACCAGUGCAUUGCCAUCAACAGCCUGGGCAAUAGUUCCUGUGAAAUUGAUCUAACCUCCUCACAUCCAGAAGCUGGAAUCAUCAUUGGAGCCUUGGUUGGUGCCCUGGUAGGUGCAGCCAUUAUUAUCUUUGCCGUGUACUUUGCAAAAAGCAAGGCAAAGGCAAAGCAAAGGAAGAGGGACUCCAGCACCACCACAGAACUGGAGCCAAUGACAAACAUAAACCAAACCAGAGAGGUUGAAGGAAUGCCAACUGAAGACGCUGCCAAGAUAGAAGCAUCUCUGCCACCCUCCAUUCAUGUGGUUGACCCUAAUACUGUCCUGGAACCAAUUUCUGAGCCUAAAUCACAGCUGGAUGCCACCCCUGAUCCUUUCCUAGAGCCAGAGCCUAUGUCAGAGGUUGAGAUUCAGGUAGAGCCAGUGCCUGAGUCCGAGCCUGUGGCAGAGCCAGAGCCAGAGCCAGAGCCAGAGCCAGAGCCUGAGGUUACAGUGGAACACCCGGGUGAUGAGGAAAAGGAAAUGGUUAAGAUAUAA